GUAAUUUCCCCCGCUUAAAUAUGGUCUAAAAGGUAUGAGAAAACACUCGGAUUUGAUUUGCAACAUUAAAAUCUCAAUACGAUAAUAAGAUGAUUUAACCCAACUUGCUGCAACUAUGGAGGAUAACAGAGAAGAAUCGCUUUGCCUAGCAGCCAGAAAUGGCGACGUUGUGAGGGUAAAAUCGUUAAUUGCAUCCGGUGCUGAUGUCACGUACUUCGAUAGCUCUGGCCAAACACCACUGAUGCACGCCGCGAAAAAUGGCUGUCCGGAGGUGGUGAAGGCACUCCUCGACGGUGGCGCACCAUGGAAUGCGCUCUCCCCUUCCAAUCUCUCUGCCGGAGAUUUUGCUAUGGAAAAUGGCCACCAGUCCGCCUUCGACAUCAUUCUCAACGCAGGGAUACAAGCCGAAUUAAUUCUUGGAACUAUAGCUAGGAAAGAUAAUUCAGAUGGUAAGUCAAGUGGAUGUUAUUUGGAAGACAGAGUAACUUUUAGCGAGGACAAGGUAAUGGACACUGAAAGCAAGGCUGUUAUGAUGGCUUGGGAGAAGCCGUUAAUGGAAGCUCAUGCAAACGCUAUUUGUUCAAGAGGUGGUCACAUAUUGAACAUUGGUUUUGGCAUGGGUCUUGUGGAUAUCGCCAUACAACAAUACUCACCCGUGUGUCAUACUAUUGUUGAAGCUCACCCUGAAGUUUACGCUCGUAUGCUCCAAACUGGGUGGGGUGAGAAAAAAAAUGUCAAGAUAAUAUUUGGUCGGUGGCAGGAUGUCCUUUCUCAGCUGGAAUCAUAUGAUGGUAUAUUUUUUGACACGUAUGGUGAAUAUUAUGAAGAUAUGAGACAAUUUCAUCAACAUCUUCCGCAACUAUUGAAGCCCGGAGGAAUAUAUUCAUUCUUCAAUGGUCUUUGUGGAGAUAAUCCCUUCUUUCAUACGGUUUAUUGUCAGUUAGUUGCCUUGGAACUAGAGAAUUUGGGUUACUCGACACAGUUGAUACCUUUACCUGCUAAGCAAUGUUUUGGAGAAGAAACUUGGGAGGGUGUGAAACACAAAUACUGGCAGUUGGAUACUUAUUAUCUUCCUGUUUGUUUGUCUGCCAAUGAUUCUGAAUAACUCAUCUGCAUUCAACAAUACUUUUGGUUUAUGAGUUUGAUUGAUAUGUACUCUUAAUGAGUCAGACUUUGAAGUUGUUUUGUACUUGUAAUGAAUUAUGUUUGGGGAACUGCUGCAUAGCAGUUAAGCUUUCUUGUUUGUCUUUGUGCGAUAUGUUCAUCAGCUAUUACGGGUAACAUAUAUAGAUAUGUAUCCACUCUUGAAUUUCAUCUUGCACAGAAUAUUAUGAUUAUACUCACAUGAUUUGAGUUGAUCAUCUUGUAUAGCAUGCCAUGAGAACCUUCAAAUGUGAAGAUCGUCUAUCACGUGUUUGUAAGGUUUGAAUGUUGUGGUCUAUAUGAAAAGUAUGCAAUAACUCUCAAAGGGACAUUUAUUUCCAACCUACAGCCUUCACAAUAAUGAAACCCAUGUCUAUAGGAAUAUAUUUGCUUUGUACCCGAAUGUACUUGCCGACAUGGAGAGGAAAGCCCUCGGAAAUGACUUGGCAUAGCCUCCUUAAAAGGAGUGUGGUUUGCCCCGUUUUAUUUUAUGUUGACUAGCAAGUGAGGGACCGGAUUGUGGUCGCCCGCUUUGCUUUAGU